AUGGGGGCGCAUUACCAGUCAUCACCAUAUGACCGCGGUAGACAUUCUCUCGUGGGGGAUAUCAGGUUUAGAGGUCCUUAUAGGGUCUCCGCCUGGUGGUCUGGUCUGAUGCACUACAUGUUUCUUGACGAGCCACGCACCUGGAACUUGGUAGGCGAGCCAUCGGCUACAAGCAGCACCGUACUGGCGUACGACUUUGCCCAUGGCUUUCAUGUUGAGAAACUCAUGGAUCUGCCUCAUAAACGAAGCGCACUCAUGAUGGUCAACAGAGAAAAGUUCUUCAUGUUGAGUCCAUUUGUAUGGGACGGGGAAAGGAAAGUUCGACCCAGCCUGGAUGCACUGGCAAAGCUCUAA